AGCUACUAUCACCUGGAGAUUUUUGCACAUCUACAGCGACAGCCGAGAGGGGAGGGGCGGAAAGGCUGGGGCAGUGGGCCUGGGAAGCUGAAUUUAACGUGCACGAAGGCUUUCCCUCACCGACAGUCUGAAGGCGGAGCUGCCGGGGCGGCCCCGCAGCGCUUCCCACGCCCGGGAGGGCGGGGCGGCGUGGGUGUGCGCGGGCAGCCGGGCCCAGCUUUUAACCCGGCAGGCGCACUCUGCACGCUCCAGCUGCGGGGCAAACUCCGCGCCUGGCACGCAGGACAGAGCUUGGAGGGAGGUUGGAGGGAGUUGAAAGCCGACCGCCCCGGAGUGGGAGGAGAGGAGCAGACGCCGGAACGGGAACCGCGAGCGGAGCUGACCGCCGGGGGUCGCAGGGAGGAACAAUCCCCAGCCCAGCCCCAUCCACACCAGCUGGGACAAACAGACCCGCCCUGCGCUCCCCAGUGUGUCUGUUGCUGCCUCCGGCGCCCCCCGGGGACGCCGUGACCAUCAAGCCCCUCGUUUCGAGCAGCACCGGGCGGUCCCUGCAAGCGGCGCAGGGCGCGGCCAUGGAGCCGGGCACGGACGGCGCGGCGGGCGACCCGUACCGGCGGCCGGCGCGGCGCACACAGUGGCUGCUGAGUGCCCUCGCGCACCACUACGGGCUGGACCGCGGCGUGGAGAACGAGAUCGUGGUGCUGGCCACCGGCCUGGACCAGUACCUGCAGGAGGUCUUCCACCACCUGGACUGCCGCGGCGCCGGCCGCCUGCCCCGCGCCGACUUCCGCGCGCUCUGCGCGGUGCUGGGACUGCGCGCCGAGGGCACCGCCACUGGGGAGGCCGCGCGGGACGGCGCCGCGGGAGACGCGAGCGGUGAGGAUGGCGCCGCUGACGGGGAUGCGCGCUCUGAGCCUGUGGCUGCCGACGGGGACACGGACACGGAGGAGGAGGCGCGCCUGGCGCUGCACGCCGAGCCGCCGGAGCUGACUUUCCGCCAGUUCCACGCGCGCCUCUGCGGCUACUUCGGCACCCGCGCCGGGCCCCGGCUGCCCCGCGGCGCGCUCAGCGAGCACAUCGAGACGCAGAUCCGCCUGCGCCGCCCGCGUCGCCGCCGCCGCUCUCCCCGCGCCUCCUGCCCCGACGGCGGCCCUGAGGGCUGCGGCCCGGACAGCGAACGCGUGGCGCGGCUGGAGGAGGAGAACGGCAGCCUGCGCGAGCUGGUGGAGGACCUGCGCGCUGCGCUGCAGAGCAGUGACGCGCGCUGCCUCGCGCUGCAGGUCGGUCUCUGGAAGAGCCAGGCGGGCACCCCGGACACGGCGGCACAGGAACUGAGGCAGGCACAGGGCGCCCUGGCGGCUGCAGAGGCUUGCGCAGGGCGGCUGAGGCGCUGCCAGGUGGAGGUGCGGCGCCGCGCGGAGGAGGCCCGGCGGGUGGUGCUGUGCAGCCUGCGCCGAGUACGCGAGCUCGAGGCCCUGGCGCGGCAGGUGCCUGGCCUACAGCGCUGGGGGAGGAGGCUGGAGGCAGAGCUGCAGCGCUGCAGGGCGGCAGGAGGCCAGUGCCCAACCCCUCCACGAGCCCAGCUGGAGUCAGGGGACAAGAGCGACGAACCCAAGGAUAGUGGCACCCGAGACCCCCAUGCCACUCCCGAGGGGCCUUGGCAGUCAGACAGCAGCUGGGGGAGCAGAGCCCUGGACGAAGAAGACGAGCAGCUGUUCCGGUCUGUGGAGGGCCAGGCUGCCUCUGAUGAAGAAGAAGAGGAGGAGGAGAAGUGGCGGGAGGCGGAGAAGCUGGUGGCUCAGGCAGAGAUGCAGCCCUUGGCUUGCGUGAGCAGGUGUGACGAGCAGAUGGCCAAGAAGCUGCUGCUGUACUUCAGCCACUGUGGUGAUGCCGAGCACGCCUGCUCCCCCGGAGAGCUGGAGGCCCGGGUCAACAGGCUGCUGGAGAAGCUGGACAUCCAGGGCUUCAGCGGGAAGAGCCUGGGGCCACACAUGGAGGAGGCAGAGCUGCAGCCAAAGGUGGCCGAGAACGAGCACCUGAGGCUGGAGCUACAGAUGGUGGAGACUGAGCGGGUGCGGCUGUCGCUACUGGAGGAGAAGCUGGUGGAUGUCCUGCAGCUCCUGCGGAGGCUCCGGGACCUGAACAUAUCGAAGAGAGCCCUGGGGAAGAUUUUGCUGAGCACCCUGGAUGCUUGCGAGGACCCUGCACAGGCGGGGAGAUCGGGCCCCCUGGCUGUCCUGGACGCCCUGCACGAAGCCUUGGCCGGCUGCAAGCUCCUGCAGACACCGUCCUUGGGACCCGCCUCCACGGCCCCCGCACUCGCCAACCCACUGCUCAUCUCCUGCUGAAGUAGCUGACCGCUGCCGGCUUGCCCUCCCUGGCCAGCCUGACCUCCACGGUCAGCACUCCAGCCUGGGCUCUGCAGCCAUGCCCCCUCGAACUCCUAUGGUCCUUGCUCAUGCCAUCAGAUGACAUUAGAGCCAUAUUGUUAUUG